GAGUCACCUCGUUCGCAUGCCCAAAACAAAACAGCAAAAUCAAAUAAAAAGAUCGUCAUGGUUGUUAAGUCGUCGUCGUCGUCAUCGAUGUUUAGUGUCAUUUUAGUGGCUAUUCUAGUGUUUAGUAUCUGCAAUUUGGCAUGUGCUGCGCCCUAUCAGGAGUUAGAGCCGCGUAAAGGUCAUGUGCCCGUCUAUAUACGAACUGGGGAUGAGCCUUUAAGUGAAAUUCAUCCCGGUCUGGCCGAGGCCUUCAAAGAAGGCCAUUCCAAGCCAUCAUUACAGUCAGAGAACUUGGUUACAGAAGAAGUCCCAGCUACAGCUACAACAAUUCAACCAAAUGCCGAGGAGAUUUCAUCAACUCCAAAGACCUCAACCGAAUCGGAUAUAGCCAGUUUUGAUGCCAUCAAAGCGAAGGCGGAAUAAUUCAAUUGAUGUCAAUGCGAAAAUGUUGUUAAACUUCUUUAGUUUACGAAGUUAAUUCUAUCAAAAGGAAAUCACUCAAGGCAAACGUUACAGUCUAGUGACAAAAGUUGUCACCCCCCAAAAACAACAACAACAUGUGAAACAAACAGAAAUAAAUUAAAUCCACAACAACCACAAAACCAAAUUCUAUAGG